AUGUAUGAAACGCGAGUUCCAAUUCUUUUAGGCAGUGAAGAAGACAUCGAAGCAAUGGAACAACUGGCACAUAACGCACAAAAUCUCAUGCUCGCCGUCAAGGAUACCGUACGAGCAGCAGAAGCGGCCAGCAUCAAGAUCAAAACAAACUCUGGUCUUCGCCUACGCUGGAUUCGUAAACCAAUGUGGUCAAAUUUCUAA